CCCUCGGUGCGGCGAAUGGAUUGAACCAGCGGUCAACGGCAGCGAGCACGUUCUCGCUAUCUGUCACGCGACAUGCGGAGUCACGACAGAUAAAUAUUGGUGGCUGGUUGUUGGCAUCCAACCAGUCCGAGUCAAUACAGGGUACGCGCCUGCUCCGUUCUAGAAAGUCAUAUUUAUUUUGUAGAAUUAAACUGGAGGAUUAGAUCGCAGGGAGAAGUGCGGGGUGCAGGCUGUAUAUUUUUUGGAUCACAUUUGCUGGAUAGGAAUGGUCUAGGGCGAGGAGACCCUGUAAAUGUGUGUCAUGAACCUUUUCACCCCCUGAGUGACCUCAUAAAGGGAGCGCUUUCUCUUUCAAAAUGAUGCUGCAUAAGCAAUCGGCCAGUACCUCCCCGGGCACUGUUUGUUCUCUACGUGCAGGAGGUGGUCCUGGAACCCCAGCAGUCACUAUAGUGGCCAAAAUGGACAAUCAAGUGAUUGGGUAUAAGGAUCUAGCAGCUAUACCUAAAGACAAGGCCAUUCUAGACAUCGAGAGGCCUGACCUGAUGAUGUAUGAGCCCCACUUCAGCUAUUCACCAAUGGAUCGCUCAGAGAGGUCAUUAUCUCCUCGCUCUAUCUCCCCUCCUCCAUCUCCAGAGAACAGUCUAUCAAAGGACAUGCGGGAUUGGUCAGAGCCAAAGUCAUCGGGCAGCUCCUCUCCUGCCUCAACGCAGCUGAGUAAAAGCAUCACCGUCAGCACUAAAGUCCCACAUCAGCAACAGCACUUCCACAGGCCAGACAACGGAAGCAACAUGUUCAAGAAGCCUCCUAUAUAUAAACAAGAUGUCUCAUCAGCUGUUCCGCACUCUAAACACAUGGAAGAUUUAAUCAUCGAGUCAUCGAAGUUUCCUGCUGCCCAGCCUCCAGAUCCCAACCAGCCCUCUAAGAUAGAGACAGAAUACUGGCCCUGUCCACCCUCACUAGCUGUUAUAGAGACAGAGCGGAGAAAGAAUGUAGCAUCCAAGACAGCUGAGGGAGAGGAGGGUGAGGAGGAUGAUAAGUAUGAUGACAAUGAUCUGUCUGAAGACAUGUGGAGACUUCGGAAAAUGCAGAAGCAAGAGCUCAACAAGAUUCAGUCUAAUCUAGGAAAAUUGAUACUAAAGGAGGAGAUCGAGAGAUCGGCCCCUGUCCACAGGAAAACGCGGUCCCUGCCCGACAGGACACCCGUGCAUCUGGCAUCCAAAUCCCCCUCAUUUCCUUCCUACACUAAGACUGGCCUUUCUAGGCUGCAGUCUGCUGAAUUCUCCUCUUCAAACAGUGAUAAAGGGAGUCUAAAUUUCCAGAAUGGAGAUGCCCAAAGCAGAAGGAUAGACAGAGGGAAUUCACUCCCUAGUAUGCUAGAACAUAAGAUUUACCCACUUGAGAUGCUCAUUGUGACCCACAGAGGCAGAAACAAACUCCCACCUGGUGUAGACAGGACAAGACUGGAGAGGCACCUGUCAACUGAGGAAUUCCAGAAUGUCUUUGGAAUGUCCAUUGAGGAAUUUGACCGGCUCUCCCUUUGGAAGAGGAAUGACCUGAAAAAGAAAGUCUCUCUCUUCUAAUAGUAGAGAACUGCGUUCUUUUACAAACACUGUCACACAUCUGCACUUCCACUUGUGAAAACAGUACAAGCGAUGUAAGUUAAGGAAAGAUGAGGAAUGUGAUAUAAGGAAUGUGAUUAUGGAGCCAGCAAAAAAAUAUCAGUUAUCCUUAUCGUUUGAUAAGUCUAUAUCUGAUUCCAGCUAAUAAUCAUGUCUGAGUCAUUGAUGUUGCCUCUUUUUCUAGUUGCAGCUACUGUCAGGACUUCAGUGAGGUUACUCUCUGUGUGCUUUAUAAAGCUGAAAUGAUACACACAGACAUGAAAGCUAGCAGUGCACAUGAAGCCGAUAUGAAUCGCACUAGUUAUUUGAGUAGACAAAAUUCAGAAGUUCAGAUGGACCAGCAGGAACCUGUGAGUUUCAUUCACUAUAAAGUCACUGCCACACUUUUCAGCCUUUUUGUGCUAAACAUGAAUUACCAAACCUUUAGAAUAUGGGUCAGUGACAUAACAUUCAUUUUGCCCCCCAAAUCUAUUCAUUAAUUAAAAUACAUAAAAAUGUGAUUCAUACAUGCAGUGACUUCAACACUCCUCUUCUAUGAUGAGCAUGUUUUUUGGGGAGCAUACAGUAAAAAUGUCAGGGUUAUCCAACUGUACCGAUAUAAUGAAAACAGAUGAAAAGAAUGACUUAACAUGAAAACCUGAAGUAUUUUUGCAUAAUCUUUUAUUAUUUAUUAGAAACAUAUCCAAUAUUUUAACAAAACUGCUUUACUGUCUAAAAAAACAGGUUGAUAUGGUUCUUAAAAUUUUAGAUAAUUUAACCUUUGAAUGAUGCGGUAAGGUUAGUUCAGGUUGUAAAAUGUCAUGAAGACUUCCCAAAAUCGUCAUUAUAUUUAUGAAUGAAUAAAUCAUGGGGCCUAAUUCGUAAUAUUUGUUAGAAAUAUUUACAUUACAAAAAAUGUACAUUAAACAUUUUUAAAAGCCGUAUAUAAAAACAUGUAUGAACCAUAAAACCAUUUACCAUACCAUUUAUUAUACUUUAUAGUCUUAUUUGUCAUUGACCCAUAUUUUUUUUAAGUGUCUGGAUAUUUGAAUUAAGCAAAGCAGCUAUAUUGUUGAUAGUUUGGAAAUUAGUACAAUUUAUACUAGGGACUAUAGAUGCACAUAUUGCACACCCUCAUUUUUUACAUCUUAACACAAAAAAUAUUAUACCUUAAUACCAGUGCAAAUACCAGCGGUACGAUACACACAUAUAGCAACAAUUCCAAUGGCAACAGCGGAUGAUACAGAGUGAAAGUUUGCUGUUCCAAAGAGAGCUACUGUACAUUAGUGAGAGUUUUCUAAAUAUUGGAUAUGAGACGUAUGAAUCCUGCAUGGCAAAUGUAUCCUGCUUUUCUUCAAUGAUGAUGCAUUGUGAAUUGUGAGUGUGAUUAAUACUUCUCCUCUUCCGAAAGAUGUAUUGAUUGCAAAGUUUCACUCGCUCCCUCUAUUCUUACAUCUUUUUUCACUCCCUCUUCCCCAUUUUGCUGCUAUUGCCUUGCAAAGCACCUUUACUGUUUUGGUUCUAUCCUCUUUUGUUCUUUUUGGUUGGAAUUUUUUUAUUCUUUUUUUUUUUUUUUACAGUGCUUCUGUUUUAUUGGACAAGGAUAGGUUAGGAAAUAAAGGGAUUUCAUAUACAUUAACACCUGAUGGUUGCUGCUUGCCUGAUGGUUUGAUUUUGCAACCCUGGUUUUUGCUUUGUUACAGUAUUUAACUGGCUCCCUUUCAGUUCAUGAGUGUGAAUUUGAAUUGGUCACGACUCACAUGCAAUUUUAAAAAAAUCAACACAUUCACUCAGCAGAGAUGUUUUUUAUUAGUCCACAUUUUGCAACAAAGUAUACAUAAUUAUGUUAAUGAAUUAACUAUACAGUAUUAAUUAUAAUUAUAUGGAAGAGUUCAACAAAUCUAAAAAUCUGAAUGGGACAGAUCCCUGUAGUUCAUAUAUUCUUCUUUCCCACGUCUAAUGACAUAUUAUGUGUUGAUCUCUGAGCACAUGAAAUUACUAUGCUUUUAGUACUCCAAUGACCAAAUGAAGUGCUUAGAUAUAGUGCAUGCUUUUUGCCUAGUUUGUACCUACUGAAUGGAAAUGUAAUAAGAGCAAAACAAUCACUAAAAAGCAACACAUAUCAACUUGAGAAUUUAGAAGUACAAAAAUAGACUUUCCACAUUCAGUUUUUUAGAAGCAUUGCUCAAAAGGAAAUAUGUGAGAGCUAUUCUUAGCUUUUUGCCUAUAACAAACCAAUGGUAUUAUGAUAACGUAUUUUAUGUGAACACAAUCUGAUACCCGAUUUACACUUCACAAUACUCAAUAAUAAUGAAAUUGUGCUACUUAUCAAUCUUUUUUUAUUUAUUUGGGUUUUUUUUGUGAAAGACUUUUUGCUUGGAAUAUUUUGCAGUAAGGCACUCAUACUUAAUCCUAAAGCACUUGAUUCACUCAUAUACCGGUACACUUAAAAGGUUGAAUGUUUUCACAGUGAGAAAAUAAGCUCUUUUUAACCACAUAUAGGCCUACAUGCAUCUGACAAUUUUCAUGUGAAAAAUGUCCCAAAUAUUAACAUAAUAUUGAUCUUUCUCUACUACUUCAUGAAUAGUGGUUUUCUUCUUUUCCUUUUUUUUAUGUGAAAGUGUGAUGAAUGAAAUAAUAAAAUGGAUUUAGUAAAGUGAGUGUACAUUGUAGUGACUUCUUCAGUUGUAGCCUAUUGUUGUUUUAUUAUUUUGAUUUGUAAGUGGCUUACUAAUGAUUUUAACAGAUCAUUUGAAUUAAUAUUCAGUUCAAUAAAGCUUAUGAUUUUAACAACA